GUGAAACCCAUGCGGCCAACAGUUUCCAAUUCACACCCUUCACAUCCCUAUCCGGGCGGGAGGGCCGAGGUGAGGGGAAUUGUCCAUGAAUGGUAUGGUUCCCCUGCACCCCGACCCGGGAUCCGAGCUCGAAUGCUCGUCGACCCUGGCAGCAAUGGCAUGCUGGACGCGAAACCUUCCAGAACACGUUAGAAAAUAUUGUCUCUUGCAUCCUUGGCCGCAAAGCGGCAAGCUUCGAGAAGGAAAGUAGGAGUGGGGGGCCAUUUCAAGUGUACAUAUAGUCGGGGUCCUUUUCCUGUGUCUUCUGACUGCUGUCUUGCUCUCCAGGUUCCUGGAAAGCAACGCUUCGCCUUUCCUCAAGCACAAUGGCACUUUCCAAAGUCUCCCUCGCCGCUGUUAGCCUGCUGCAACUGUUCGUCGCGGUAGACGCUUACAGCCCUGCCGCUCGCUCAGUCACCCACUCGACGGUCCUUAGCAGAGCUGAUGACCUUCUGCCUGAAUAUGACUACAUCAUCGUCGGCGGUGGCACGGCAGGAUUGACCGUCGCCGACAGGCUUACAGAGGAUGGAAAGCAUUCUGUUCUUGUCCUGGAACGGGGUGUAUUCCAGAACUCUUCCUCGGUAACGACGGUCUCCGGCGGCUUUUGGGGCCUCAUUGACCCAACCAUCACCUUUAACAUCAGCUCCGUUCCCCAAACGGGGUUGAACAACCGCAGUGUUGCUGUGAUUGGCGGCCUGGUUCUUGGAGGUAGCUCCGGCGUCAACGGCAUGCAAGUACUUCGAGGACAGAGAGAAGAUUAUGACCGCUGGGGAGCUUACUUUGGGAAGAAAUCCGAGUGGAGCUGGGAAGGCCUCCUGCCGUAUUUCCAAAAGGCGUGGAACUUCCACCCGCCCAGUCCCGAACUGGUCAGCCAGUUCGACAUCAAGUACGACGCCGAUUACUGGGGGAGCUCUUCCAACGUACACGCGUCUUUCCCAACUUUCUCUUGGCCAGUUCUUAAGAUGGAGAUGGCUGCGUUUGGAGACAUACCCGGGGUCGAGUUCCCAUCCGAUUCAGGAUCCGGCGAGACUGGAGCGUAUUGGCACCCGGCAUCGGUUGACCCGGCCACUGUUCUCCGAUCAUUUGCGAGACCCGGACAUUGGGAUGAUAUCGAGGCGGAACGCACCAACUACCAUACAUUGACCGGGCAGAGGGUUCUGAAGGUUGGGUUUGAGGGCAAGCGCGCCACCGAAGUGGUUUUCGUUCCGGGAGACGCAACGGACCAGAGCCAAGCCCGGUCAGUCAAGGCCAAAAAGGAGAUCAUCAUGGCCGCCGGUUCCAUCCACACGCCCCAAAUUCUGCAAGCAAGUGGUGUCGGGCCGAAGCAGUUGCUACAGAAAGCGGGUGUGCCGCUUGUCGUUGAUUCUCCUGGUGUCGGGAGCAACUUUCAAGACCAGCCGUUUACCAUCGCUCCCAGCUUCAACCUUACCAACUUCCCCUUCCACCCCGACUUCUACGAUAUGCUGUUGAACCAGACCUUCAUCGCCGAGGCGCAAGCACAGUUUGCGGCGAACAGGACUGGGCCGAUGUCGAUCGCGUCUGGCAACUGCGGCAGCUGGCUUUCUCUGCAAGUCAUUACCCCUGAGUCUUGGGAGGACAUCGCGAAGCGGUACGAAGCGCAGGAUCCAGCGGCACACCUGCCCUGCGGCACCGAUAAGAAGGUGAUUGCCGGGUACAAGGCGCAGCAGAAAGCACUGGCCAAAUCCAUGAGAAGCAAAGACUCGGCCGCUUACAACUUCUUCCUGCGUGGCGGGUACGAGGAGGGUUCCGUCGUUUACCUCCACCCGACCAGCCGUGGCACCGUUCACAUAAACCCUGCCGAUCCCUUCUUCUCGCCGCCCGAGGUCGAUUAUCGGGCGCUUAGCAACCCGACCGACCUCGAGGUUCUGCUUGAGUUCACUCCUUUUACCCGGAAGUACUUUUUGGAGACAAGGAUGAACACGCUUGACCCCGUCGAGCUCUCCCCUGGCGCUGAUGUGACGGCACCGGAGGAUAUCGAGGCUUGGCUCCGGUCUGUCAUGGUUCCAUCCUCCUUCCACCCGAUCGGCACCGCCGCUAUGUUGCCACAGAAUCUGGGUGGUGUUGUGGACGAGGACCUCUUGGUGUAUGGAGUUAAGGGGCUCAGCGUUGUCGACGCCAGCGUGAUGCCCGACUUGCCCGGAUCGUACACGCAGCAGACGGUGUAUGCCGUGGCCGAAAAGGCAGCCGAUCUCAUCAAGAGCAGGGCAUAAUAGUGUACGGAUUAGGGUUGAUUGUUAUGGACAGUUGCAUGUAGAUAUAAACGUCGUGAAACUCUAUAAACUCUAUGAGUGGAAAAC